AUGGGCGACCAGAAGGAAUCACUACGUAAGAUCACGCACACACUGGCAGUGAAGAAUGAAGAACUUUCUAACUUUGCCUGCUCUCUCAAGCAAAACCUUGAGAACCUUGAGGCAAACUCAAACCGGGUCCAGGAGGACCUUGAGUCAGAGUUUAAUGCACUUCAUGCAGUUCUAGAUGAAAUGAAAGAAAAUAUGCUGACGCGCAUCAAGCAGGAACGGGCCAGUCGCACAUAUGAACUGCAGAGCCAGCUCAGUGCCUGCUCUAAAGCGCUGGAGAGUUCAGAGGAGCUGCUUGAAGUGGCCAAUCAGACACUGUGCUCCUCUGAGACUGACGGCUUCGCUCAGGCGGCCAAAGAGAUUAAGGAUAGUGUGACAAUGGCCCCAGCCUUUCGACUUUCCCUCAAGGCAAAGACUAGUGACAACAUGAGUCACCUGAUGGUGGAUUUCAGCCAGGAACGAGAGCUGCUGCAGGGCCUCAAGUUUCUACCAGUUCCUGCGACUCCAGAGAUCCAGGUGUCUGAGUGUCAGGUGUGUGAUAACACAGUGACGGUGGUGUGGACCAUGUUGGAGCCAGACAGCAAGAUCGACCACUACAUCCUGGAGCACAGACGCACAAACCACGAGGGUCCGCCCCGCGUCCGCGAGGACUACCCCUGGAUGGUGGUGGAGGGCAUAAAAGAGACGGAGUACACUAUCACAGGUGUUCGUUUUGAAACCAGGUUCAUGACGUUCAGAGUGAAGGCGUGCAACAAGGCCGUGGCAGGAGAGUUCUCAGAGUCCAUCACAUUAGAAACCCCAGCUUUCACAUUCAAACUGGACUCGGGGUCGUCGCAUCAGAAUCUAAAAGUGGAGGACCUGAGUGUGGAGUGGGACAGCAGUGGAGGAAAAAUUCAGGACAUUCGAAAAGACAAGAAUAAAAACUCUCCUAUGCACUCUCCUGCCAGAUCAGCUUUGAUGUCGCCAAAGAGAGCCCCGUCAGCCCGUCCCGGCAGAGACCGGUUCACUGCUGAGUCCUACACAGUUCUAGCUGAUACACUGAUAGACUCCGGGCAGCACUACUGGGAGGUGCGCUUCGAUAAGGAGAGUAAGACGUUUGCGGUGGGAGUGGCUCUGCGGAGUUUGGGGAAGUUUGACCAGUUGGGUAAAACUGGAGCGUCGUGGUGCAUCCAUCUGAACAAUUGGCUGCAGCAGAGUCUGACGGCAAAGCACAACAACAAGGCCCGGACGCUGGACUGCAUCAUCCCCAACAGCAUUGGAGUCUACUGCAACUAUGAAGAAGGUGUCCUGUCUUUCUACAAUGCUAAAGCAAAGCAGUUGAUGCACUCUUUUAAAACCAAGUUCCCGCAGCCUGUUGUACCAGCUUUCAUGGUUUGGAACGGGAGCUUCUCGGUGGUGACCGGUCUGCAGGUGCCCUCUGUGGUACUAAGUGGGCAGAGAAAGAACAGUAACACGAGCAGCUCCAAUGCCAGCCUCACAUAG